UUUUUGUCUCUUUUAUACCUUAGUGAUUAGUGGUUCUCUAAAAAGAGAUGGACAGAAAACAACUACGUGACAGGUCUGUCAAUGGUGGCGAUUAUUAUUUUUCUUUCGUGUCAUUAGAUUCUGGGAGUCGUGAAAUGAUUAUUUUAAGUUCAAGGUCAUUUUAAUCUAAAAUGUGGCGUGUAUUUACGGGAAUAUUCAACAUUUUCGGGCUCUGUUUACAUUUUUUACCUUUCUAAAAUAUUUUGUAUCACGUGAUCUUAUAUUGAAUUUUAAUUGGUCGACGGUGAGCGUGCCCUGCGCGACGCAAGAGGCGCAAUAAUAGUUUCCCAAAAUGCCGUCUGAAUCAAAACCUUUGUUGGCAGCUCAAACAGAAAAACCAAAUCAUUACAAAUAUCUAAAGGAAUUCCGAGUAGAGCAGUGUCCAUCGUUCCUACAACACAAAUGUACACAACAUAGGCCUUUCACAUGUUUCCAUUGGCAUUUUAAUAAUCAAAGAAGGCGAAGACCUGUUAGAAAAAGAGACGGGACGUUUAAUUAUAGCGCAGAUAAUUAUUGUACCAAAUAUAAUGAGACAUCAGGGAUUUGUGAAGACGGCGACGAAUGCCCGUACCUCCACCGCACAGCGGGCGACACGGAGCGCCGGUACCACCUCCGCUACUACAAGACUUGCAUGUGUGUUCACGACACGGACGCGCGCGGGCUUUGUACGAAAAACGGGGCCCACUGUGCGUUCGCUCACGGGGCCCCCGACCUUCGGCCCGCCGUGCUGGAUAUGAGAGAGUUGCAGGCUUUGGAGAACCCUGACGCGGCUGAUGGAGAUACGGCGGCGCCGAACGCUUUAGAUAGAGAACGGAAUUUAAUGAAUGAAGACCCUAAGUGGCAAGAUACAAAUUAUGUACUAUCAUCAUAUAAAACUGAGCCAUGUAAAAGACCACCUAGGUUAUGUAGACAAGGGUAUGCAUGCCCUCAAUAUCACAAUAGUAAAGAUAAACGCAGAUCGCCUAGGAAAUACAAGUACCGCAGCACGCCGUGCCCGAACGUGAAGCACGGCGAGGAGUGGGGCGAGCCCUCCAACUGCGAGGCCGGCGACGCCUGCGGCUACUGCCACACGCGCACCGAGCAGCAGUUCCACCCAGAGAUCUACAAGUCCACCAAGUGCAACGACGUGCAGCAGGCCGGCUACUGCCCGCGCGGCCUCUUUUGCGCCUUCGCGCACGUCGAGCCUGAAGAUCUGAGCGGCGCCCGCGAGCUCGCCGCACCCCUGGAGUGCGGCACCAACCUCGCGGAUCUGCUGUCGUCCGCGCUGCCGCCCGACAAGAAGCCCGACGCCGCCUCGCCCGCGCCGCCCCACACCAACGGCAGCGCCGAGGCCUCCGAGUGCGCCUCCACCUCCAGCGCCGGCUCCAGCGCCGGCCGCGCGCCCGCGCCGCCCGCGCCCAGCAACAAGCCCGCCGCCGCCGCCGCCGCCUGGCCGCGCGCCGCGCCCUUCGACGCCGCCGUGCUGCACGAGGUCGUCGGCAACGCGCUCGACGACCUGCACCUCGACGACCCGCUCAACCUGGUCGCCGCGCUCGACCGCGACCUGGCCGACGGCGAGCUGCUCGGCGGCUCCGCGCCCGUCAACAUCCCGCAGGCGCGCGCGGCCCUGCGCGGCUUCAGCCCGCCCGCCGCCGGCUCGCCGCUGCCGCCGUUCCUGCGGUACGCGCACGAGCCGGAGCGGCCGUUCGGCUCGCACAUGAAGGCGGGCAGCUUCGGCGCCGGCGGGUACGAGUUCCCCGCGUCGCCGUCGCCGGAGCUGGCGCGGCUGCGCGAGGAGGUGGCGGCGACGCGCGCGGCGGCGGCGCGCUGGGACGAGCGGCUGGCGCAGGCGCGCGGCGCGUGCUCGGCGUGGCAGCGCGAGGCGGACGAGGCGGGGCGCGCGGCGGCGCUGGCGGAGCGGCAGCGGGACGAGGCGCGCGCGGCGGCGGCGGCGCUGCGGCGCGAGCUGGACACGGCGCGCGCGGGCCGGCGCGAGCUCCGCGGGCUGCCGCUGGCGGCGCUGAAGGCGCUGCAGGCGGCGGCGCGCGCCGAGCUCGAGGAGAUCGAGAAGGCGCUGUACCUGGAGACGGCCACCAAGUGCAUGCGCUGCGAGGAGCAGCCGCGCGCCGUGACGCUGGCGCCCUGCAACCACUACGUGCUGUGCGACGCGUGCGCCGCCACGGCCGCCGAGUGCCCGUACUGCCAGACGCCGGUCGCGCACCACCAGUAGGCGCCGGUCGCGCACCACCAGUAGGCGCCGGUCGCGCACCACCAGUAGGCGCCGGUCGCGCACCACCAGUAG